AUGGAGGCAGGAACAACGGCAGGAGGCAAAACGACAGUGCUGGGCCGAGAAAAAGCAAAGGACCUUCCUGCAGUUCUUGACAUCGUGACCAGACGUUACCAGAGCUGCUUCACUGCGAGGUGUACCCAUGUGUACCCUGAAGGACAACACGAUGAGGACGACGACGGAGCCGGCAUCAAGCCGAUUUGGACUUGCAAGCAUUGUCGGACAUCGAUGUUUGGACAUCUUUUGCAGUGCACCCGGUGCCAGAAGACCAAGCCCGAGGAGGACCAGCGCUUCGUUCAGGUUUGGAAUAUUCCACCAGACGUUGUCAAGAAGCCACUGCAGUGGUUCGUGAAGAAGGCUGGCGGAGCAACGGCAGACAUGGCUCCAAUUGGGGCACAGUUGGUCAUGGUUAAGUCCACCACGGCCGGCGCGGAUGUGCAGACGGCGGUUCUGGAAGCAAAGGCAAUACCACAGGCUGAAGCCUUGGUCGCUGCCAUCGAGAAGUGGAAAGUCGGAAUUCCAAAGAUGAAGGCCAAGGUCAUCUCCGAGUCCGACUUCGAGAGCUUGCUCGAAAAGAGUACUACGUGCCUAGUUUUCGUCAAAAACGUGCCAGAGGACAUCGAGGAUGAAACCGAUAUUAAGAAUAUGGGUAAGGUUGUUAAAAUCUUUACAGCGUUUCAAGCUUCUGACGGUGACAUCGGCCACAUUGCCGGUACAGGUAUGCCAUUAUUCAGUUGCUGGCUGUCUGCCCGCAAGUCUUGCGCCCUCCUGUUGGUCAGCUGGCAUAGCUUCCAGGGCUUGCUUGCGAAGGGGUCAAUAGUUCAACGUGCUCAACGUGUUCAACUUCGUUUGUCAGACGAGGAUGUCUUCAACAUUCCUCACAGCGGCGGCACCAUGACGGCAGAGCUCACGACUGAAUACCAACAAGAGACGCUCGACUCCGCAAGCUUAUAUGUGUGGUCUUCCAGGCGUGCUCUGUGCUUGCUGCCGCUUGUCGUGGUAAGGCUGGAUGUGGAUGCCACGGAAGCCUUGGGGGCGGCCUUGGCUCAUGAAGCACGGAAAGGGGACAUUUUCUUCCUCCGUGGAGAGCUUGGGUCGGGGAAAACUUCGCUCGCGCGGGGCUUCCUUCGGGCGUUCUUUGCAAAACCAGACCUGGACGUGCCAUCGCCGUCGUAUUUGCUGCAUUUCACCUACGACGCGUCAGGCCUGGCAGCCUCGCAUCCCAGCGCUGGGAACUCCGAGGCACUUUCGCUGGUCCCUGGCUGUGCAGUUCACCAUAUUGAUCCGUACAGACUUCCGGCUGGCAAGAUUGCCUCGCUAAUUGACUUCGAGGCUAUUUGGCAAGCAGUUUCUCUGGUCGAGUGGCCCGAGCGCUUGGGGGAUCAGCUCGUGUCACAGGAUCACCCACCUCGGCUUGAGGUUGCCUUUCAAGGUUUUGGGCCCCAGGCUGAGGGGAGGACCGUUCGGCUGAAUGCAGUUGGGCCGCGCUGGUGCGAAGCCUUGGGGCGAUGGCAAGCAGAGGGUGGUCCGUUGCGAUCACGGCCGAGUGAUCCGCCGAGACCCGACGAUCUGGUGGAGUCAGCCGCAGCUUCUUCGGUAGCCGCAGCCUCUCUGGUAGCCCCUCUUCCUUCACCUUCCGCCAGUUCAAGUUCGCGCUCCAGGAACUGCCGCGCGUUGCCAGAAGAAAAGAAAGACUGGCUGGUGCUUGGCAUUGAGUCCAGCUGUGACGACACCGGCGCCGCUGUUCUUAGGGGCGACGGCCAGAUCCUGGGAGAAGCUUUGGCAUCACAGGCUGGCAUCCACGAGCAAUGGGGUGGCGUUGUGCCACGGCUCGCGCAGGAGGGUCACAAACAGGCAAUAGAUGGAACCGUGGACGAGGCAUUGCGACGAGCAGGAGUUGCAACAGGCGACAUAUCUGCCGUCGCGGUGACAGUGGGACCUGGCCUUGGCCUUUGCCUGGAGGUCGGCGUUCGCAAGGCCAUCCACAUAGCUGCAGAACACAGAUUGCCGUUGGUGCGCGUGCACCACAUGGAAGCUCACAUGAUGGUGACUCGAUUGCCUCCUCCCGCCGAAGCAAGCGAAACAAGCCGGCCAGCAGAUCCUCGACAGCCAGAUUUUCCAUUUAUUACGCUGUUAGUUUCUGGCGGGCACAACAUGGCCGUGCUGACAAGAGGAGUUGGCCGGCACACUAUCUUGGGCAGCACCAUCGACGACUCAAUCGGUGAGGCGUUUGACAAAACGGCCAGGUUGCUGGGGAUUACGAAGGUUCCUGGUGGACCUCAUCUAGAACGCUUGGCCAAGGAUGGGGAUCCAAAGGUGCAUCCACUUCCAAAGCCGCUUGCAAAAACUAGAGACAAGGUCUUGCAAGAAGGCUGCAACUACUCUUUUUCGGGAUUGAAGACAGCAGUCAGGACGCUGGUUGAGCGGGAGUUGCACAGCGCAAAGUCGGCCGCUUUGUCCGAGGAGGAACUCCACAAAGCCAAAGCAGAUGUAGCUGCCGCGUUUCAGCACAUGGCUGUGCGCCAUUUGUGCGAACGAGCUUCACGAGCUGCAGGCUGGGCUCUGGAACUGGAGCCUGGCACCAAAUGUCUCGUGGUGGCAGGCGGUGUAGCCGCCAACCAGGCAGUGCGGAAAGGACUGGAGGAGGUGGCCAGAGAGCACAGCUUGCAGAUGUGCUGUCCACCCCCGAGGCUCUGCGUUGACAACGGUGUCAUGGUGGCUUGGGCAGGGAUUGAGCGCUUACUCCUUGGCCUCUUCGAGGAGCCUCCUUCUGCUGACAGUGCUGACAGUCACGUGGAGAUACGGCCGCGCUGGCCUUUGGGAGAAAGAGACCCGCGGAGCCAGCAACAAAAGGUCCCGAAAGGUCAGAAGCGGAAAGCUCCUGCAGCCGAGCUUACACAAUCUGCCAAUGAAGCAGAGGCAAAGACUCGAUGCGUGGAGGAUUCGGAGGAUCCUGACCAGUCCAAGGUGCUGGUGUGA